GAAACUAAGUUCUUUGAUAUAGUCUUCUUAACAAAUUCAACCGCUAAAACAAAGGCAGCUACCACAAGUUCUAAUAGCAUUCAUGAUUCUACAGCAACAGAGAUCUUAUCGGUCAAAGUUAGGUCUAAACAAAAAGAAAUGUUAAACCGUACAAUGCAAGAAAAACUUUUUGGUAUUUAUAUUCUGCUAAGACAAAUCAUGGAAUGA